AUCCCACUUCAGACACGCCCUCACCUCCAAACCCCCCCAGACAGUCACAUCUUUCUUGUUUUGAGUCACAACAAAGACAAAAAAGGUUGUCUUUUGGGCUGAGAUGCAGAUGCUGCACCUGGGCUAAUUUGAACUCAUUCACACAAUCUUAUUGAAUGUCCAGCUACACCUCGACUUCAUCUCGACUCGGAGAAAAAAAAUAAUUUAAGGAUCAAAAACUUUCAGGAUGUCCUUACUCGCGCCUGAAAUCCAUGCUGCUCUUUCGCAGCUUCUGGCGGCCUUGACCACCCCCGACAACACUGUACGAGCACAGGCAGAGGAACAGCUCAACAAUGAAUGGGUCCAGAAUCGGCCAGAUGUGCUUCUUAUGGGUCUAGCAGAGCAGCUUCAGGGAGCAGAAGAUGCCGCAACACGAUCUUUCGCCGCGGUCCUGUUUCGACGAAUAGCUACCAGAAACACUAAAGACCCGCGUACUGGUGAGACCAAGGAGUGUUUCUCUAACUUGAGUCCUGAGCAACGCGUCGCAAUUCGUGAGAAGCUUGUUGGCUGCCUAAGCAGCGAGACACUACCCGACGUCCGGAAUAAGAUUGGAGAUGCUAUUGCGGAGAUCGCACGCCAAUACACAGACAACGGCGACUCAUGGCCCGAACUUUUAGGAGUAUUGUUCCAGGCUAGCCAGUCUUCCGAAGCGGGCUUACGCGAAGCUGCAUUCCGAAUCUUUUCUACAACACCAAGCAUCAUUGAGAAACAACAUCAAGAGGCGGUUUUGAAUGUUUUUAGCAGGGGGUUCAAAGAUGAUCAUGUUGCAGUGCGACUCGCGGCAAUGGAGGCUUUCUCUGCCCUCUUCCGCUCUAUACCAAAAAAACAACACGCCGGUUUUUUCAGCCUAGCUCCGGAUCUUUUGAAUAUCCUUCCUCCCCUCAAAGAAGCGGACGAAGAAGAAGAACUUUCAAAGGCUUUCCUUUCCCUUGUCGAAUUAGCCGAGUAUUCCCCGAAAAUGUUCAAGAAUCUCUUCAACAACCUUGUAAAAUUCAGCAUAAGCGUUAUCGCCGAUAAGGAACUUAGCGAUCUCGUCCGACAGAAUGCGCUGGAGCUCUUGGCAACAUUUGCUGAAUAUUCCCCGAAUAUGUGCAAGAAGGACCCAAAUUAUGCUACGGAUAUGGUUACUCAAUGCCUCAGUUUGAUGACGGACGUUGGUGCUGACGAUGACGAUGCCCGCGAAUGGGGUGCUACGGAAGAUCUUGAACUCGAGGAAAGUGACUUGAACCAUGUCGCUGGUGAGCAGACGAUGGAUCGAUUGGCAAACAAGCUUGGCGGCGAUAUCGUCCUUCCCGCUACUUUCGCUUGGAUUCCUCGCAUGAUGUCGUCUUCCGCUUGGAGAGAUCGGCACGCUGCGCUUAUGGCUAUCUCUGCGAUCUCUGAGGGCUGUCGUGACCUAAUGAUCAGCGAGCUCGACCAUGUUCUCGCUCUUGUCGUCCCCGCUCUUCAAGAUCCUCAUCCACGUGUCAGGUACGCAGGAUGCAAUGCUCUUGGUCAGAUGAGCACCGACUUCGCCGGCAUUAUGCAAGAGAAGUAUCAUGCUGUGGUUUUGAACAAUAUUAUUCCUGUCCUCGACUCGCAAGAACCACGUGUCCAGGCUCAUGCUGCGGCUGCCUUGGUCAACUUCUGUGAAGAGGCCGAAAAGAGUAUCCUCGAGCCCUAUCUCGGCGAUUUACUUCAACACCUCCUUCAGCUUCUGCGCACCGACAAGCGAUUCGUCCAGGAACAAGCUCUUUCCACCAUUGCUACUAUCGCAGACUCGGCAGAGGCAGCGUUCACCCAAUACUAUGAAACACUUAUGCCUUUGCUUUUCAAAGUUCUGCAGGAGGAGCAGUCCAAGGAGUACCGUCUAUUACGUGCGAAGGCUAUGGAGUGUGCUACUUUGAUUGCGCUAGCUGUUGGAAAGGAAAAGAUGGGUCAGGACGCAAUCAACCUGGUCAACCUUCUUGGAGCAAUUCAGCAAAGCAUCACGGAUGCCGACGAUCCACAAUCCCAAUACUUGCUUCACUGCUGGGGUCGUAUGUGCCGUGUUCUUGGCCAAGACUUUGUACCUUUCCAGAGUGCUGUUGUCCCACCUCUUCUUACCCUUGCUGCCGCCAAGGCCGAUAUCCAAUUGUUGGAAGAUGAUGAACAGGCUGAGAUGGUUGAACAAGAUGAAGGAUGGGAACUUAUUCCGUUGAAGGGCAAGCUCAUUGGUAUCAGGACGAGUCUUUUGGAAGACAAGAACACCGCCAUUGAGCUUCUCGCCGUCUACGCUCAAGUCCUAGAAGGAUCAUUUGAGCCCUACGUCGCUGAAUGUUUAGAGAAGGUUGCAGUUCCUGGACUUGCCUUCUUCUUUCACGAUCCUGUGCGCGUGUCCUCCGCCAAGUUGAUUCCCCACCUGCUCAAUGCUUACAAGAAGGCUCACGGAGUCCAAUCCCCCGGAUUUGCCGGACUCUGGAACAACGUGGCUGGAAAGAUUAUCGAAGUUCUCAGCGCCGAACCUGCCAUUGAUACCCUUGCUGAGAUGUUCCAGUGCUUUUACGAAUCAGUCGAGGUGGUUGGCAAGAAUUGUUUGACUCAGGAGCAUAUGCAAGCAUUUAUUGAUUCCGUCCAAUCGUCUCUGGAAGAUUAUCAGACCCGAGUCAAGGAACGUGCUCAAGAGGAGGCUGAAGCUGAGGACAACGACGAGGAGAAUAUGUCGAUCGCCUAUGCUAUUGAAGAUGACCAGGCUCUUCUGAGCGAUAUGAACAAAGCCUUCCAUGCCAUCUUCAAGAACCAGGGAUCUAGUUUCUUGCCGUCGUGGCAGCGCCUGAUGCUCAUUUACGAUGCAUUCAUCAGCAGCAGCGAUCCAACACAACGUCAAUGGGCAACCUGCAUUAUGGACGAUGUACUUGAAUUCUGCGGCCCGGAUUCUUGGGCUUUCAAGGAUCACAUCUUACAGCCUCUAAUUAACGGCUUACAAGACUCCAACGGUCCCAACAGACAAGCCGCUUCGUACGGUGUCGGUAUUGCUGCUCAAAAGGGAGGUCCAGCUUUCGCCGAGUUUGUUGCUGCUAGUAUCCCCAGUCUGUUCCAGGUCACGCAGCACCCUCACGCAAGAACGGAAGAGCAUGUAUUUGCGACUGAAAAUGCUUCGGCCAGUAUCGCAAAGAUCCUACGAUUCAAUAACGAAAAGGUGCAAAAUCCACAGGAGAUUGUUGCCAACUGGCUUAACACAUUGCCAAUCACAAACGAUGAAGAGGCUGCUCCAUAUGCCUACUCUUUCCUCGCCGAACUGAUUGACCAACAAAACCCCGCCGUCCUCUCCAACGCAGACAAGGCAUUCGGAUAUAUAGUUCAAGCCCUCGACAACGAGACCCUCCAAGGCGAAACAGCCAAGAGGGUCGCCGAUGCCGCAAAAAGAUUAGUACAAGCAACAGGCAUAAACGCAGAGGCGAUCUUGGCUGGUGUCAAUCCAGAUAAUCAGGAAACCGUGAGGAAGUAUUUCCAGUAGAGCGGGUGGCCUUUUGAUGUCUUUGCUCUCUUGUCAUGAUGAAAUCUCUUAUGUGUAAUUCUCUUCACCAGGAAAUUAGUUAGUUUAUACAGAUGGUUUUAACAUUCCCCCAAUGCCAUUUUCUUUUCAGCUUGAAUUUCUACGGUGUGAUGUUUAUGCCUGUUAAUAGGACAACUCUUUUAAG